CUUAUUUUGUUCUUUACCGGAAGUGGCAAUAAAGUUUUAUCAAACAUUCUCACUGCACACUGCGGAACAAAUGGGCUCCAUAACAGACGACGAGGUGAUUCGCAAGCGGCUGCUGAUCGACGGCGACGGGGCCGGAGAUGACCGCCGCAUCAACGUCCUCCUGAAAAGCUUCACCAAAUGGUGCCACACCAACGUGACGCCAGAAGAAGGGUUUGCUCAGUACCAAAGGAUGCUGGGAAGCUUGUCCCAGUGUGAGUUCUCGAUGGGAAAGACGCUUCUGGUGUACGACAUGAACCUGAAGGAGAUGGAGAACUACGAAGAGAUCUACGCAGACAUCGAGCGAAGCAUAUCAGGCGCACAUGAGAAAAUCAGCGAGUGCAAAAAAGAGAUCCAGCGAGCAAAGAGGAUACGAAAGAACCGCCAAGAGUAUGACGCUUUGGCAAAAGUCAUCCAACAGCAUCCAGACAGACACAAAACGAUGGAGCAGCUGAAAGCGCUCGACAAAGAACUUCAACAGCUCUCACAAAUCAAGGAGAACGUAGAAGAUAAGUUGGAGCUGCGCAAGAAACAGUUCCAUGUGCUUCUCAGCACCAUCCAGGAGCUUCAGCAGACGCUAGAGAAUGAUGAAAAGAUGGAGAAUGACGAAAUGUCCCAAGAAAGCCCCAUGGAAAAUGGAGAUUAGUUUUGUCCUGGAAUUUUUAUUUCCUCUAAAUAUUGUCUUUUUUUCCCCCCAUUUCACAUUAGUAUCUUUGAAUACAAUUGUAAUUAAAGUGAUGUUUUCACAA